UAUACAAGAAGAAGAACUUUACUGCGCCAUCUUUCAUAUGUAAUUGUAACAAAGUUUAUGCAAUGUAUUUGAAAGUCUUGUAAACCCAUCUGAUUGAGCUUGGUGAAGAGCAUAUACGUAUUUAAGAAAAAAACAUUUAAAUUAAUGCUUUUACGUGCCAAACCUUGCACAAAUUUUGGUGCGGACGUCGAUUUCGGGACAGCACUUUAGCCAUUAAGAUGUCACUUGUGGACUUGGGCAAGCAUUUGCUAGAGGCUGCGCGUAAAGGCCAGGAUGAUGAGGUUCGGUCCCUUAUGACAAAUGGUGCACCUUUUACUACAGACUGGCUGGGGACAUCGCCGUUGCAUUUAGCAGCCCAGUUUGGACAUUACUCCACUGCUGAGGUGCUCCUCCGAGCAGGUGUCAGCAGAGAUGCUCGCACUAAAGUUGACCGCACCCCGCUGCACAUGGCAGCUGCAGAGGGACACUCUAGUAUUGUGGAACUUCUACUGAAGAAUGGAGCAGAUAUUAAUGCCAAGGAUAUGCUGAAAAUGACUGCCCUACACUGGGCUACAGAGCAUGGCCACAGGAAUGUAGCAGAGCUGCUCAUUAAGUACGGUGCUGAUACCCAUGCCCUCAGCAAGUUUGACAAAACACCCUUCAGUAUUGCCAUCGACAGAGGCAAUACGGACCUAAUGCUCUUACUCCAGGAGGGAAUGCAGAAUCAGGUGAAUAUGAACCAUGAUGAGAACCUAUUUAGUGACACACCAACACCUACUGCCAAUCCCCAGUUCAUCAUCUCAUCGUCAGGAGUGGUCAAUCUCUCUGAUAUUGUCCUCACCAACUCUAAAACCAUCUUAGGUGAGCCAGAGGGUGUUAUAACAGCCGACCCAGUGGACUCAGGCAUUCAGCAUCUAGUAAAGGAGGAUGGCCAGAGUGUCAUCACCAUAGUAACCAACCAGCAGCACAACCCACAACCUGGAAAUCUAGGGCAGAAGUUCUUUGUCACUAUGCAAGGGCAACAAAUAGUUGCUGUAUCGACUGAUCAGAUUGAAGAGGAAAUUGUAACUGAGGAUCAUACACUGCCUUCAUCUCGAAAAAGGAAACUUGAACCAAGUGUGAACCACACAGAUCCCACACAUAAGGGCCUGGAUGACAGAGAUACUAGGACAAAGCUGGAGCAGCAGCUAAAGGAGGCUAAUAGGAAGGCCCAGGAGUACAGGCAGCAGCUCCUGAGGAAGGAGCAGGAGGCUGAGCACUACAGACUGAGACUGGCGGCCAUGUCCAAUGGUCAGGACAACAGUACAAGUAUAGAAACUCAAGAAGAGGUUGUGGUGCAAGAAGAGGAAGAGGAAGAAAUUGUAAGCGGAGAGGAAGUUGUUGUGCUGCCAGAAGGGGCAAUCAUCAUUAAGGCAGAUGAACUUGACUGUACAGAUGGAGAAGCACUAACACUGGUGGAUUCUACAGCCAUAACACCCACUUCUGAAGCCACUCCAUAAUUUCAAAUACAGGCACAAUAACUUAAGGAGGACACCUUCAUGUGUUUGAUCUACCUGAUGUGUCAGAUUUAUUUAUUCAAGCUCACAAUGUUUAUUUCUUGUAUUUAGAGGUUUUGGAGCUUUCUUUCUGGACAGCAGCAUGCUGUAUUGUGGAAUAUUCUAAGGGAGAGUUGUCAUCCAUCCUUUUGGAAAUCUACAUUCCAGUAAACUUCAGUUUUCUUCUACAGCUCAUACAUCAAGUUGGUGUCUUCAGAAAACCAUGAGGAGCAGGUUGUUGACCAUUUCUGUAGGCUUAUUGACUGAAUAAUGCCUAAACAUGUAAAUAAUUUUCUUGUUCUCAGUGGGAAUGAGGAGUUUCCACACAGUUCUAUACAUAAGUUUUUUUUAAAUGAGAGCUCAGUGUCUUUGAACUACAUACUGUGUAUGUAUAGCUAUAUGAUGACUAGAGAUGCAUUUCUCUCACAUUGUUCAUUACCAGUGGGUGUAAUAACUGAUUUCCUAUCCUUCUGUAUAUAUGGCCACUUCUUUCUUAAAAUACACUGGGUGAGAUUAUUAAGGGAAGCAGUAGAAAUUUGUGUAAAUUCUGUAAAUUUACACAUUUAUUUUUUUACCCUUUCACUGCUUCCAGUUGGUUGUAUUUUUUUUUUAUAGCAUUACAUGUAACCUUAAUUAUAUCUGUGUGACAUGUGUAACAUUAAUUGUUAUAUUAAUUUGUGAUCUGGUGCCAAAUUGUUAAAAUAGACAAAAUUUAUACAGUACUUAUUUAAAAUCCACUAAUAUACUGUCAAACUGUUUCUUGUUCAAUUAACCAAUACUGGACCUCAAGUAACUUGCAUACUUGUACAUUGACAACUCAAAGCAUAUCAGAGGUCCACUUCAGCAGUCUUCACUACUUUUAAAUUUGUGUUGUUCUUUAAAUUUUAUCAUUCAUGUAUGUACUGUGCAUGAGUGGGAAGAGAUUGUAAUGAUUUUAAAAAUUUCAUUAGAAUUACUUUUGUAAUAAUUACAUCAUUGUUACAAAUUAUUAAGUUAAAAUGGAUAAAUGCAAGAAUAAUAUGAUUUGCUGAUUAUGCCCAAUUUACCUAAUGGGAGGGAGGAGUAUGAAGUUGUUCUAAUCUUUAUUUUGCACCUGCCUUUUUAGUUGCUUUGGUCUGUUGGUUACACUACUCACUAAGUUUAAUGUUCUUGUUUUAAAGUCACAAUCUGAAGUGCUGAGCAAAAUCUGUGAAAACUGAUAACAUAUGAGGAAGAGUAUUUAAGGGGUUUUAAGUUGCUAAGACUUUGAGCACCUUUUAUGUUUUAAAUUUAAAGUGUGAGAAUAUUGUGUAGUGUUAUAUGGUAUAGGGAUAUAAGAGGGUAAUUAAGGUUCAAAUAGUAUAAUGUGAAUGGAAAAACUCUACCACUAACAGCUCCCCAGUAGUAUGUAAUAGUAUUAAAAGUCUUUAAAAGUGA